AUGGGAGCACCACCCAGGCAUGGGCCGUCAGUUUUCUGUCGACUCCCUUGGAUCGGUUCCAAAGAUUCCACCUUGAUCGCUUCAAAAAACGAAUCUCCAACACAAACAGUCGAGGAUGCAGAAGAGUCCGGGCAAGAAUCCUCGACAAUCGCCUCUGAGACCGAUGCUCCUCCCGAUGGCGGUUACGGAUGGGUAUGCGCCGUGGCCGCUGCCGUUGUGAACGCACAUUCGUGGGGCUUCAAUUCCGCAUAUGCUGUUUUUCUGGCAUACUAUCUCAAGCAUGGGACCUUUGAGAGCGGAACGAAACUACAAUAUGCCUUUGUAGGCUCCCUGAGCCUGACUACCAUGUUCACAAUCUCUCCCCUCGCGACCAUUUCCACGCAAAGGUAUGGUGUUCGAAAGACUAUGUUUGCAGGUGUCAUUUGCGAAACAGCGAGUCUCAUAUGUGCCAGCUUCGCCAAACAAAUCUGGCAUCUCUUUCUUACCCAAGGCAUUCUCUUCGGAUUGGGAAUGGGUUUGCUAUUCAUUCCUGUCGCAUCGGUGGUCCCACAAUGGUUUACAUCUAAACGAUCACUUGCCAGUGGUAUUUCCCUAUCAGGCGCUGGCCUUGGCGGUCUUAUCUACUCCCUAGUGGCGUCAGCCAUGAUUCACAAUAUCGGUCUCAGCUGGGCGUUCAGAGUACUCGGUCUUCUGGCGUUCUCGGUUAAUACCAUUUGUGUGCUCUUGAUCAGAGAUCGGAACAAGCCAGACAAAACCAAGAAAAUAACGAUGGAUAUCGCUAUCCUCAAAUCUCGGGACUUCGAUCUUUUGAUCGGAUUCAGCUUCUUCACUAUACUGGGCUAUUUCAUCUUGAUUUACAGCUUGGCUGACUACGGCCAACGGAUUGGCCUCUCCUCCUCCCAAGCCUCACUGGUCAGUGGCAUACUCAAUCUCGGCCAGGCUAUCGGCCGGCCUCUCAUUGGUUACUUCAGUGACAGCGUCGGUCGUAUCAACAUCGCCGGCAUUACAACCUUUAUUGCUGGCGUUCUUAGCCUGGCAGUCUGGGUGAACUCGGAGAGCUACGGACUUUUGAUGUUCUAUGCGAUUGCCGAAGGCCUUGUGGCGGGAAACAUCUGGGCAACGAUAGCACCUUUAGUUGCAGAAAUCGUUGGUGUGGAAAGAGUCGCUCAUGGGAUGAAUCUUGUUUGGUUGAGUAUUAUUGUGCCAUCAACUUUCUCCGAGCCAAUUGCCCUGGCGUUGACCAAUGCAACGGGUAAAUACCUGGGUGCACAGCUGUUCGCUGGGUUUAUGUACAUCGCCGCGUCGGUGUUUUUGGCCAUUCUCUGGUUCCUGAGAAGAAAAGAACUUUGA